GCUGUUGGAUCCUGGGGAAGAUUGAAGGCUCGAGCUGCAGCACAACAAUCAAAAAAAGGGGCGCUCGUGGUGCAAAGGGAUCAAAGAGAGCGAGGGAAUGCGAGGAGAGAGGAACCACCUUGUUCAAGUCACCCAGGCUGAGGCUUCCCGAGCUCUCACGUUGGGACACCCAGAUGUGCUAAAAUCUCUCCUGCAAACCGUUUUGUAAUCAGCCACAAAUGAUGAAACCUCCCACGGCAGAGACUCUCCAUAAAGGAAGGAUGUUGUGGGUAAUUCUUCUAAGCACAAUUGCUCUAGCAUGGACUACACCAAUUCCCUUGAUAGAGGACUCAGAGGAAAUUGACGAGCCCUGCUUUGAUCCAUGUUACUGUGAAGUAAAAGAGAGCCUUUUCCAUAUACAUUGCGACAAUAAAGGAUUUAUAAAUAUUAGUCAGAUAACGGAGUCGUGGUCAAGACCUUUUAAACUUUAUCUGCAGAGGAAUUCCAUGAGGAAAUUAUACACUAACAGUUUUCUUCAUUUGAACAAUGCUGUGUCUAUUAACCUUGGGAACAAUGCACUGCAGGACAUUCAGACAGGAGCCUUUAAUGGGCUCAAAGUUCUGAAGCGAUUGUACCUGCACGAGAAUAAAUUAGACAUUUUCAGAAACGACACUUUCCUGGGUUUGGAAAGUCUGGAAUAUCUGCAGGCAGAUUAUAAUGUCAUUAAACGGAUUGAAAGUGGGGCAUUUCGAAAUCUGAGCAAACUAAGAGUCUUGAUCUUAAAUGACAACCUUAUCCCCAUGCUUCCCACCAACCUAUUUAAAUCUGUGUCCUUAACUCAUUUGGACUUGCGGGGAAACAGGUUAAAAGUCCUUUCCUAUCGAGGGAUGCUGGACCAUAUUGGCAGGAGUCUGAUGGAAAUCCAGCUGGAGGAGAACCCUUGGAACUGUACCUGUGAGAUUGUGCAACUGAAAAGUUGGCUGGAGCGCAUACCUUACACUGCCCUUGUGGGAGACAUAACCUGUGAGACCCCCUUCCACUUCCAUGGUAAGGACCUGAGGGAAAUCAAAAGGAGUAAACUCUGCCCCAUGCUGUCUGACUCUGAAGUCGAGGCCAGUCUGGGGAUUCCUCAGUUGUCAUCUAGCAAGGAGAACGCAUGGCCUACUAAGCCUUCCUCCAUGCUAUCCUCCUUCCAUUUCACUGCUUCCUCUGUUGAGUACAAAACAUCCAAUAAGCAGCCCAAACCCACCAAGCAGCCCAGAGUGCCCAAACCUCCCCCUACAUCCCGAGGCCUGUAUCCUGGGCCAAACCAGCCUCCUAUAGCUGCAUAUCAGACAAGGCCCCCGAUCCCCAUCAUAUGCCCUACUGGGUGCUCUUGUAGUUUGCACAUCAACGACUUGGGCCUGACAGUCAAUUGCAAGGAGAGAGGAUUUCACAACAUCUCCGAGCUCCUGCCCAGGCCCCUGAACGCCAAGAAGUUGUACCUGAGCGGCAAUUUGAUACAGAAAAUCUACCGCUCGGAUUUCUGGAAUUUUUCUUCCUUGGAUCUCUUACACCUUGGGAACAACCGUAUCUCCUACGUGCAGGACGGGGCUUUUAUUAACCUGCCUAACCUGAAGAGCCUGUACCUGAACGGCAAUGACAUCGAGAGGCUGACUCCGGGCAUGUUCAGGGGCUUGCAGAGCUUGCAUUACCUGUACUUCGAGUACAACCUGAUCAGGGAGAUCCAGCCCGCAGCCUUCAGCCUCAUGCCCAAUCUGAAGCUGCUCUUCCUCAACGACAACCUGCUGCGGACCCUGCCCACCGAUGCCUUUGCAGGCACCUCCCUGGCCAGGCUCAACCUGAGGAACAACCACUUCCUCUACCUGCCCGUGGCCGGGGUGCUGGAGCACCUCCACGCCAUCGUGCAGAUCGACCUCAAGCUCAACCCCUGGGACUGCACCUGCGACCUGGUGCCGCUCAAGCAGUGGAUCGAGACCAUCAGCUCGGUCAUCGUGGUGGGGGACGUGCUGUGCGCCAGCCCGGAGAACCUCACCCGCCGGGACGUGCGCUCGGUGGAGCUGGAGGCGCUGUGCCCGGAGCUGCUGCAGGCGGCGGCCGCCUCGCCCGCCCCGCCAGGAGGCAAGCCCAGCCCCAGCAGCCCCUCGGCCUACGAGCUCUCCCCGGCCGGCGCCGCCGCCGUGCCGCUCUCCGUGCUCAUCCUCAGCCUGCUGGUCCUCUUCUUCUCGGCCGUCUUCAUCGCCGCGGGGCUCUUCGCCUUCGUGCUGCGCCGGCGGCGCAAGAAACUGCCCUUCCGCAGCAAGCGGCCGGAGGCGGGGGACCUGGGCGGCAUCCACAUGCAGUGCCACCGCUUCUUCGAGGAGGGCGGCCGCGUGGCGGGCGGCGGCGGCGGGGGCGGCUCGCCGGAGAAGGCGCACCCCGUGGGGCACGUCUACGACUACAUCCCCCACCCGGUGACCCACAUGUGCAACAACCCCAUCUACAAGCCGCGGGAGGAGGAGGCGGAGCGGGAGGAGGGCGGCGGCGAGGCCGGCGAGCGCCCGGGGGGAGGCGGGGCGGGGGAGCCGUUCGCCGAGCCCGGCCGCCAGGAGAGCAGCACCCACUACCGGACCUUGCUGGAGAAGGAGCAGGAGUGGAGCCUGGCCGUGUCCAGCUCCCAGCUCAACACCAUCGUGGCCGCCGCCCACCCGCACCACCACCACCCGGCCGGCGGCGGCGGGCUGGCGCUGGCCGGGGAGCUGGCGCUGGCGCCGGCGCCGCCCGGCUUCCCCCACGAGAAGAACGGCGGGGUGUUGCUCUUCCCGCCGGCCGGCGCCGGGCUGGACAGAGAGCGGCCGCCGCUGCCCUGCACGGUGGGCUUCGUGGACUGCCUGUACGGCACGGUGCCCAAGUUAAAGGAACUGCACGUGCACCCGCCGGGCAUGCAGUACCCGGACCUGCAGCAGGACGCCAGGCUGAAGGAAACGCUUCUCUUCUCGGCCGGCAAGGGCUUCACAGACCAACCCCCCCCCAGCGAAUACCUCGAGUUAAGGGCCAAACUCCAAACCAAGCCGGAUUACCUCGAAGUUCUGGAGAAGACAACCUAUAGGUUCUGACCCGAUAGCUUUGCCCCGGCCCGCCAGUAGCGCCCCCGGCCCCCCUUCUCCAGCCCCCGUGCAAGCGCAUGAUGAGAAUAGAGAAUACAGCUGUGUGCUCUCCCCCACCAGUGGUGUGUGUUUGGAGGAAGGGCCGUUCUCAGAUCAUUAAUCAAUGAAGUGCCUUCGCAGACUUGCCAGCAGAUGUUAAUCAUUAUUUUUUAUACUGAAACUGAGACUUUGACUGUGCCAUGUCUAAGACGCGUCCACACAGCUCCCCACCCCAGCCGCCAGUCGGGUCCCCAGCCACUCCGAUCGGCUCCCCUUCCGUUCCGCUCGCCCUUCCCCUCCUCUCCUCCUGGAGGGGGGGAUUCCAUAUCCAGUGUGAAGUCAUCCGAAAGGAAGAAGCCCAUUGGAUGUAACCACGUGGCGCACGCACACACACCUAGGGAUGAUCAAUGACACUUCAUGACGCCAUGAGUUUUUGGAGGACAUCCGCACUUUCUUAUUAAAACAAACCCAUGCAAAUAUACAAUAAAAAUAAAAAAAAUUACUGGGUACCUAUCACUAACGGCUUUGUAGGAAGCACUUUUAAUGUUUUCUCUCUCUCACACGCACACACAAAUACAAACAAUAAUGUGCAUAUAUUUAUUCUGUAAUUUCAAGUGAAUAUAAAUUGUAAAGGUAAUGUUUAAUCAUUCAUUGUACAGUGAUGCGUCUGGUAUAGCUUUCCUAAUAAAAAGUUUUGAAAAAAAUACAUAUAGAUAUAUAGAGGAUACAAAGCUUGAACCUAAAAUUUCAGCUUACCCUCCCCCUACCGAUGAUUACUUCUCCCACCUUAAUCCUGAAAGCUAUUUUAUUAAUCACUGUUCAGUGCACUGUGAUGUAAACAGGGGGAAAAAAUCUGUACAACUUCUGCCACAGUACCACUUAGGACUUUAAAAAAUCCGAUUUGAAACCUG